AAAAAUUAAAAUAGUGUCAAAAGGCAGUACAUCAGCUUUAACUAUACCUUCAAAUCUAACCGAUUCAAAUAUGUCAAAUAUGAUCAAUUCUAUACCUUCAAACUCCCACAUUACUAAUAAUUAUAAACAACAUAACUCACGUUUGCAUCGACAACGCCAACACAAAAGUUGUCAACUUUAUGUACAAGAUGAUUUAAACACUGUUAAGCCACGCCGAUGGGAACAAAAACUUGUACAAAUAAAAACAAUGGAAGGCGAAUUUAGUGUUACUAUGUGGACAUCAGGUACAUCUGAUGACGAAGAUGAACCAAAUAUAGAAAUAAAUAAUGAAUAUGAAAAAAUGUUAACAAACACAAGUAAUCUGGACCAAAGAGUUAAUGGAAUUAUAUCGAUUAAAAACAAUUGUGCGGAAAAUGAAAUUUUUCAAAAACAACAAUCUUUACAACAACAGUUAAUAUUACAACAACAAAAACAGCAACAAAUGCUAGCUCAAGAAAAUAUAAAUAAAUGUACAAAUUUAUCUUCCAUAUCUAAUACUACUUUACCAGAUUUAGAUUUGUCAGAUCCAAAACAGCUUUCUGAAUUCGCCCGAAAUUCGAACAGUGAUAAACUAAAAAUGAGAAAAAAUGAUAGUGACAAUAGAGAAAAAUGUUUUCCUAUUUCACAACCAAUGAUAACACCUUCUACCUCUGCAAAUACCGUAUUUUCGGUACAAGAAGGAGUAUCUGUUCGAACUGUCAGUGUACAACCUGGUAAUAACUUUAAUUCGUCUUUAUCAUCUUCACCUCCACCUUUGACAUACAGUAGCAAUCAUAUCAAUACUGAAAAUUCGCUAGUAACUGACAAAAAAAUUGCAUGUCCGCAUAAAGAUUGUAAUAAAUAUUUUCGUGAUAACUCGGCUAUGCGAAAACAUCUGCAUACUCAUGGUCCUCGUGUACACGUUUGUGCUGAAUGCGGUAAAGCUUUUGUAGAGAGUUCAAAGCUUAAAAGACAUCAACUUGUGCACACUGGGGAGAAACCUUUUCAGUGUACAUUCGAAGGUUGUGGCAAAAGAUUUUCUCUGGACUUUAAUUUAAGAACACAUGUGCGAAUUCACACAGGAGAUAGACCAUAUGUAUGUCCGUUUGAUGGCUGCAACAAAAAAUUUGCUCAAUCAACGAAUUUAAAGUCCCAUAUUUUGACUCACGCAAAAGCCAA